AACGAUCACAGGGAGAGGCGCAAACAGAUUGGAGCUUCGGAGGUAAUCAGUGGCUUACAGACACACUGCAUGAUGCGUGAAUACAAGUUAGUAGUCCUCGGCUCUGGAGGUGUCGGCAAGUCUGCUUUGACUGUUCAGUUUGUCCAAGGAAUAUUUGUGGAGAAGUAUGACCCCACAAUAGAAGACUCUUACAGAAAGCAAGUGGAGGUAGAUGGACAACAGUGCAUGUUGGAAAUCUUGGACACUGCAGGGACGGAGCAAUUCACAGCCAUGAGAGAUCUGUAUAUGAAGAAUGGCCAGGGCUUUGCACUUGUAUACUCCAUAACGGCACAGUCCACGUUCAAUGACCUGCAGGACUUGAGAGAACAGAUUCUGCGAGUCAAAGACACUGAUGAUGUGCCCAUGAUCCUGGUGGGGAAUAAAUGUGAUCUAGAGGAUGAGCGCGUGGUGGGCAAGGAACAAGGUCAGAACCUGGCUCGCCAGUGGAACAGCUGCGCCUUCCUGGAGUCCUCCGCAAAGUCUAAGAUUAACGUCAAUGAGAUCUUCUAUGACUUGGUGCGGCAAAUCAACAGGAAAACCCCAGUACAAGGGAAGCAGCGCAAAAAGUCUACCUGCCAGCUGCUUUAAUACACAGCUGUUCAGUUGCUCUGAGCCAGGUCUGAUUUGCUGCUGUGUCUCUCAGCAGUGCCAGCAUUCCGACGUUACUUAAAUCUAACAUCGAAUGGACUUUCCUGUGUGGUGAUGCCCCUUUAACAAAAAUCAAACCAACCAACGGAAUCAAAACUACAGUACCACGCCAGUUUUUUGCACAUAGAUAACCAUCAUCACUUUCCAG